AUGAAGAAACUUCGUAGCCCAAGAAAAGCUUUCGUUGAAUCUUUAAAACAUCACGGAGCUGGCGAAAUUUAUAAAAUCCUCGCCAUUGUUGUAUUUGCUUUCGUUCCCUUUCUUCCAUCAAUCAAUGGAGAUUUCGUAUUUGAUGAUGCUGAAUCAAUUGUUAACAAUCCCAUUGUUAAUGGACAGGAAUCAAUUAUCAAGAUAUUCUCUCGAGAUUUUUGGGGAACACCUAUUCAAUCACCACAUAGCCAUAAAAGCUAUCGUCCAUUGACAACUUUGACAUUCUGGAUAAAUCGAAUUGUGGAUUCUGGAGUUACUGGAUAUCACAUUGUCAACAUCGUCAUUCAUAUAGCCAAUUCUCUUUUGGUGUAUCACCUAACAGAGAAAAUUGGCGAGAUUUUCACGGAGUUUGGAGAAGUUGCUUUACCAGCAGCAACACUUUUUGCUGUGCAUCCAGUGCAUACAGAAGCGGUAGCCAAUAUAACCGGUAGAGCGGAACUUUUAAUGACGUUCUUUGUACUUAUCUCAGUAAUAUGGUUUAUACAAAGUAGCGAAGACGUACGAACAUUCGAUAUUUUUUUAAUAUCUUUGCUGUCCACGUUUUCAAAAGAGCAAGGAUGUAUGAUAAUGCCAAUCUGCACGUCACUGCAACUGUUGCAAUCGGGAUUCACAAAAAAAUUUCGUCUUCUGAAAUUGUGUUUUUGGUUCAUUACCAUUAGUUUCCUUCGAUUCGCUAUUAAUAAUUUCGAAACUGCAAAGUUUUCCAAACUCGACAAUCCUACCGCGUUCCUGGAUUCUGUAAUAUUGCGAGGCAUUAAUUAUUCAUAUAUAUGGCUUUACCAUUUGUACCUGCUGAUUUUGCCAACUCAAUUAUGUUUUGAUUAUUCAAUGGGAUGUAUACCAAUCAUAACGAAUGAAUGGGACUUACGCGCACUAUCACCUGCUCUUCUGUCAUUUAUUAUAAUUGGUAGUUUGCUUAUAAUAAGCCGACUUCAAAAUAAAAGGUCAAUUAUUUUUGCGACAUCAUUUGGAUUGCUUGCAUUUCUCCCGUGCACCAAUUUGUUCUUCACUGUUGGUUUCACGAUAGCCGAAAGAGUUCUGUAUCUUCCAUCUGUUGGAUUUUGCAUUCUUUGCGGAAUAAUUUACGGUAACGUCGUAAAAUAUUUCAAAUCCAUGGAAGUCAUCUUUGUCUCCAUUCUUCUUCUCGCAGGAUCCAAAACUUACAAGAGAAGCGAAGAUUGGAAAAACGAACUAUCACUGUAUGCUAGUGGACUCACAGUGUGCCCUUCGAAUGCAAAGAUUCAUUACAAUCUUGCUAAAGUUUUGGGGGAUAAUGGCAAACUGAGAGAAGCUGAACAUGAAUACUGGAAAGCGAUUAAACUGAAUCCGACCUAUGAACAAGCACUAAACAAUUUGGGGAAUAUCUUAGAGAAAAAUGGAGACAGUUCGACUGCUGAGCUACUACUAUCAAGAGCUGUUCGCCUUCGCCCAACAUUUGCUGCAGCGUGGAUGAAUCUUGGAAUAACCCAAAUGAAUUUGAACAAGUUUCAAGAAUCCGAAAAAUCGUUUUCCAUUUCUUUGAAACUUCGACCAGAAUCCUCGCAUUGUUUAUUCAAUCUAGGUGUUCUCUAUCAAAAAACUAAUCGAGAAAUACUUGCAAUGGAAACGUGGAAAAAUGCCACAAAUUUGGAUCCCACGCAUUCAAGAGCAUGGACAAAUCUUUUUGUUGUCCUAGAUCGAUUAUCAAUGUGUUCCGAAGUCGUACAUCUCAGCCCGCUGGCAUUAAAAUACGUUGCAAAUGAGAGUAGUGUUCAAAUGCAGAUUGGAGCCUGUUUCGCACAAGAAGAAAAUUAUCUUAUUGCCGAAAAACAUAUAUUAGAAGCCAUCAGAUUAAAACCAGAUGUCGCAUUGUAUCAUUCAAAUUUAGGAGUUCUCUACCAACGAAUGGGUAGAAUGUUUGACGCCAAAAAACAAUACAACUUGGCUUCGCAUAUUGAUGAGCAGAAGCAAAAAAGAACAUCAAACCUGCGGAGUGCAAAAAAUAUAUUUCCCAGAAACUAUACUGAUUAA